UGCUGCUGCAAUGCUUCCUGAUGGCUUUCCAUUCUCCGCGAUGCUUAAAGAUAUCACCAGAGUGCUUGCUGGUGAAUCUCAAGAGAACCUGAUGCUCAUGCAAGAGACCAUCCAAACAACCAUCGAACUCUUCCAGAUCAGCCUGACGGACCCACGAUUCACCGAGCAACUCAGCCACCUGGGAUCCAAGGUGUGUGCGGUGGAGCAAACAGAGUCUGUGCGUCUGCUGAUGCUGUCCCUCUCCAUUGAGCCUGGCCAGCUGUGUAACACUAUUCUACCGAGCCUGCAGAUGUUGGUUGAGAGUCUGAUGAUGAACACAUCCUAUCUGAGCGAUGCAAUCUUCCAGACCGCCAUCGGAGAACCAAAAGCCUACAUCCUCAAUUCAAACUGGUCCUCUCUGUUGAGUCAAGGCUUAGGCUUUAACACCAGCAACCUGAGCUCUUUAGACAUUAACAUCACUUCGCCAGGAGUGGUGACAGUCGGUGAGUUGCUGAGGAAUGAAACAGCCUUCCUCGUUGAUGUUCAGAAACACAUGGAUUUCGAUCCAGACGCUCUCCACCUGUUGAUGGAAACAAUAUUACCAAACAACAAUUUAGAGAUCCUGUCCUGGUUGGUCAACCUGCGUCACUGCGGCUCCACAGAAGCAUUGGAAAUGAAAGUGACAGAUUUGGAGAUGUUGAAGACCUUCUGCUCCUUGUCUGUUGAGCAGUGGUACAGCUUCUCACUGCUGAUGGCUCGCCACCUCAACAUGGAGAAACUCAUCUACAGAAUGGUGUUGUCUGAAGAAAUGCAAGGCCUGGUGGGAGUUAUGCUCCAGAUGGCUGAGGUUAUAACCGGCAUGAUGAAAACAUUUAUUCCUACCAUCGGUCAGCUUCAAACCUUCAUGGCCUCCGUCCAAGACCUCAACCUGGGAGCCAACCAGGAAUUUGACCAAAUGGCUAGAGGACACAGGUCAAGCAUUUCCAGCAAAGCUACGUUUGUCACCCUCUCUCGAGCGUUGUGCAGUAAAGGUAUCCUGGCUCUAUUCGGAGUCUCUAAACUCACCGCCAUCAUGGAAUCAAACUCCUCCCAACCCGACCAGGUCAGGAGGGGGGAGAUGAUCCAGAGGUUCAAGAUCCCACAGGAUGCCUCUCCCUUCUGUAUGAACAUGUACCUGGAUAUGGUCAACACCACGGGCGGAGCCAUCGCCUGGGCCUUCCUCAAACCAAUGCUGAUGGGUCACAUUUUGUAUACCCCUGACACACCUGCCACCAGGGCCAUAAUGGAGAAGGCCAAUUCCACCUUGAAUGAGUUUGCAAAUCUAAGGAAGUACUCCGAGGACUGGAUCGAAUCCUCCAACUACCUCGUGAAGUCUGCCGUGUUACUCAGCCAAACUUUGCCAAUGCUGCAGAAUUCCCUCGGCAAUUCCUUUGUUCAGAGAUUCAUUGAGAUGCAGACAGACAUCAAUGUCGACACAAUGAAGGAGACGCUCAGCAACUUCUCUAACAUGACCGCCAUGCUGGAGAAAAACAAACACAUAAUGGAUCAGGUCACCACCUUGUCCACCCUGAUGGUGAACCUCUCCUCCUGCAUCACAUUUGACCGUUACCGUGGCUACGACACUGCUGAUGAGCUCAACGCUGCAGCUCAGCACCUCGCCAAAAACCGUGAUCUCUACGCGAGUGUCAUCUUCAAGCUUCCCAAAGACACGGACGCAUCCAGGAAGCGUAAUGCCAGGGCUUCCUCUUCCACAUCCACCCUGCCUCCUAAAGUCAGCUACACCAUCCGAAUGCACAUGGACAACUUGAUGCGCACAGACAGAGUCCGUGACCCCUAUUUUAUGAAGGACCACCACAUCUCGGCCCAGAGGACGCUGCGCUACAACCGGGGCUUUGUGUACCUGCAGGAGAACAUCGAUCGGGCGAUCAUAGAGACCCAAACUGGAAAUAGAAUUGAGGAGACAGCCGUCCAACUGCAGCCCUUCCCCUACCCCUGCCACUACAGGGAUGAGUACCUGGAGGCCGUCGCUUUUGUCUUCCCUCUCAUGUUGAUGAUAGCCUGGGUGCUGUUUGUGGCUGAUUUUGUGAAGAAACUGGUGCAUGAGAGAGAGCUGAGACUACAUGAGUACAUGAAAAUGAUGGGAGUCAAUCCGCUCAGCCAUUUCUUCGCAUGGUUCCUGGAGUGCGCCUCCUACUUGGUGCUGACCGUCUCCAUCCUCACCCUGGUGCUGAAGUACGGCAACAUUCUGCCCCACAGCAACGGCUUCAUCCUCUUCUUGUACCUCUGCAACUACAGUUUGAGCAUCCUGUCCUUCAGUUACCUGGUCAGCUCCUUCUUCGACAAGACUUACAUCGCUGGCCUCAGCGGCAGCCUUCUGUACAUCCUCUGCUUCUUCCCCUUCAUUGUGGUCUUGGCCGUGGAGACAGAUCUCACCUUUUCCCAGAAGAGCGCCCUGAGUUUGUUCUCCCCAACCUGCUUUAGUUAUGCCAGUCAAUAUAUCUCUCGAUUCGAGUCCCAAGGAGAAGGCCUCCAAUGGAGUAACUCAUACACCUCGCCCAUACCUGGAGACACGGCUUCGUUCGGUUGGCUGUGCUGGCUGAUGCUCAUCGACUCCAUCCUCUACUUCAUCAUCGGGUGCUACAUCCGAAUGGUCUUCCCAGGCAACUACGGCAUCGCUUCCCCAUGGUACUUCCCAUUCAAAGCAUCCUUCUGGGCCGACCUGUGCUGUUGCUGUAGGUCAAACAGUAAGGUGGGCCGAGGACUCCUCUUCACCAACAUCAUGCAGAAAAACCAGCCUGUCUUCUCCGAUGACAAGGGAAAAGGCCAGAGCAGUCUUUCCUCUCAGACUGGGGAGGAUUUCUCAGAGCUCCCAGUAGGCGUUGCCCUCCAUGGUCUCAGCAAGAUGUAUGGCGACCGAGUAGCUAUCCAAAACCUUAACGUGUCCUUCUACGAGGGCCAUGUCACCUCACUACUUGGUCACAAUGGAGCCGGCAAGACUACCACCAUGUCUCUCCUGACUGGCCUUUUCGCCCCAACAUCUGGCACCAUCGAGGUGUAUGGCAGAGACAUGCAGACCAACAUCGAUGAAAUUCGCAGAGAGCUAGGAGUGUGCAUGCAAUAUGACGUCCUGUUUGACCACAUGACCACCAAGGAGCACCUGCUGCUGUACGGCCAGAUCAAGGCGCCACACUGGUCACAAGAGGAACUGCGUGAACAAGUCCGCUCGACCCUAGAGGAGACAGGCAUGUACGCUCACAGACACAAGCUGGUGAGCACAUUGUCAGGAGGCAUGAAGCGCAAGCUGUCAAUCUCCAUCGCCUUCAUAGGGGGCUCUCGCUUGGUGGUUCUGGAUGAACCCACCGCAGGAGUUGAUCCCUGCUCCAGGCGCAACAUCUGGGACAUUGUUAUCCAGCACAAGAAACAUCGCACUGUCAUCAUGUCCACUCACCACCUGGAUGAGGCUGAAGUACUCAGCGACCGCAUCGCCUUCCUGGAGAGAGGCGGAUUAAAAUGCUGCGGAUCCCCCUUCCACCUGAAAGACAAACUGGGUCAGGGCUACAAACUCACCCUCACCAAGAAGGUCCAGAACCCAGAUUCUGAGCCGAUUGACAAUGCUGACCUGAAGGCCUUCAUCCAAGCUCAUGUACCAGAAGCCAGACUGAAGGAGGCCCAGGGAGGCGACCUGGUCUACUCACUGCCCCCCUUUAACUCAUCCAACGCUUCCUCCUACCGCUCCCUUCUGACUGCGCUGGACGCCAACCUGGAUGCCCUGCAGCUGGGAGGCUAUGGCAUCUCUGACACCACCUUAGAGGAGGUGUUCCUCCAGUUGACUCACGGAAACUCAGAAGAUGGUUCUGAGGAAGGCCCGCUGUCUAUCUCAGAGACGGUUUCUGACACUGAUUCCAUCGACAGCUUCCCCUCGGACUCGAGUGGAAACAUCGACAACUUUGGUGACAAGAUCAAGCUUACCGGAUCAUCCACGAUGAGCGGCAUGGCCCUGGCCUGGCAGCAGAUGACAGCCAUACUGGUGAAGAGGUUCCACCACAGCCGUAGGGACUGGAAGGGCCUGAUCGCCCAGAUCCUGCUCCCUGUGCUCUUCAUGGUGUUUGCUAUGGGCCUGGGCUCCAUCAAGAGCGACCUGCAGCACUAUCCUGAGCUGGAACUCAGCCCUGCGCUUUACAACUUAGGACCGAGCUACUCUUUCUUCAGUAACCAGAACCCCAGCACCUCUCAGCUGACGGACACCAUGUUGUCAUACCCCGGGAUCGAUAACGCCUGCCUCGACAAGUCUAAUAACCCGGUCUGCACAAGAAGCGCAAGCAGCUGGAAUUCCAGAGGGAACGGCUCCAAAGCAUUUAGUGUCUGUAAAUGCAGCCGUCAGGAACAGGUUUGCGACCUUGACAACUUCCGGCCCCCCCAUAAAGAGAUCCCCUCGUCUCAGAUUGUGUAUAACCUCAGUGGUAUCAACGUGGAGAAAUACCUGGUGGCAACAGCAAAUGAUUUCAUCAGAAACAGGUAUGGUGGCUUUUCUUUUGGCGAGUCACUCCCUCACGACUUAAAAAUGGAUUUAACAACAGUGCCCAAAAACCGUACACUGUCUAAGGUCUGGUACAACCCAGAGGGCCACCACACAAUGCCGGCAUACUUAAACAGCCUCAACAACAUCAUCUUACGCUCCAAUCUUCCAGCAGACAAGGAUCAACGAGAAUAUGCCAUUUCAGUUUCCAGUCACCCCUAUUUCGGCCGAGCGGAUGAUGAAGAUUCAAUUAUCCAGGGAAUGCUCCAGAUCAUGGUGGCUAUGUGUGUGCUGACGGGCUAUUCAAUCACCACAGCCAGCUUUGCCAUCUACGAGGUCAGCGAGCACCACAGCGGCUCCAAGAGGCUCCAGCACAUCUCUGGCAUCAGUGAGCCCAUGUACUGGACUGUGAACUUCUUUUAUGACAUGGUCAUGUAUUUGAUCCCUGUGACCUUGACUGUUGCUGUCAUCGCAGCCUUCCAGAUUCCAGCGUUCACAGAGCAGCACAAUCUGGGUGCUGUCACCCUGCUUCUGGUUCUCUUUGGGUUUGCCACCUUCCCCUGGAUGUAUCUGUUGUCAGGCAUCUUCAAGGAUGCAGAGAUGGCCUUCAUCGUCUAUGUGUGCAUCAACCUCUUCAUCAGUAUCAACACCAUCAUGUCCACCUCCAUCCUGUACUUCCUGAGUCAAAUUUCAUCCAGAAACUCUGAGGUCAUCCAGGAGGUCUUCAGGAGGCUGAGUGAGGCCUUCCUGAUCUUCCCCCAGUUCAACUUUGGGAACGGGCUGAUGAAGCUGGCCAGGAUGAACAUCGAGGUCCAGCUGCUCAGUGGCUACGGCAUCGACGCCUAUAAGAACCCGCUCUCCAUGGACGGCCUGGGCUGGAUGUUCUUCUCCUCCUUCAUCGAGGGGGUGGUCUUCUUCGCCCUGCGCCUCCUGCUCAACAGGCUCCUUAUACGCAAAGUCAGGAAUCUGAUUUUCGGCAGAAAGACGGUGCAUCAGGUGCCUCAGGUGCCUUGCGAGACCGAGGAUGAGGAUGUGGUGGCGGAGCACCAACGGGUGUCCAGUGGAGCAGCCAGCACCGACGUGCUGCAGGUCAACCAGCUGACUAAGGUCUACCAACAGUUCAAUAAGAAGCUCCCUGCUGUCAACAAGAUCUCUGUGGGCAUCCCUGCAGGAGAGUGUUUUGGCCUUCUGGGAGCAAACGGAGCUGGAAAAACGACCACCUUCAAGAUGCUGACAGGAGAUGUGAGCCCGACGGACGGCACCGCACAGAUCAGGGACCGGGAUGGGCGCUUGGUAGACAUCAUGGAGUGCCGAAACGAGGGAAUUAACAUCGGCUACUGUCCCCAGGUGGAUGCAUUGGACGAUCUGCUCACAGGAAAAGAGCACUUAUAUUUCUAUGCUCGCAUUCGAGGCAUCUCAAAGAAGGAGAUAGACGGGGUGGUGAACUACCUGCUGAAGAGGCUGGAGCUGAGCUACCAUAAAGACAUCAUUACUGACAGUUACAGUUGCGGCACCCGCAGAAAGCUCUCCACUGCGCUGGCUCUCAUCGGACAUCCUAAAAUCCUUCUGCUGGAUGAACCGAGCUCCGGCAUGGACCCUCGCACAAAGCGUCACCUGUGGAAAAUCAUCUCUGAAGAAGUGAAAGGAAAAUGUGCCGUGGUCCUCACCUCUCACAGCAUGGAGGAGUGUGAGGCUCUGUGCAGCCGUCUUGCCAUCAUGGUGAAAGGUCAGUUCUGCUGCCUGGGCUCCCUGCAGCACAUUAAGAACAGGUUCGGCAGCGGGUUCACUGUGAAGAUGUACUUGGCAGAGGCCUCCUGUGACGCUGAGGCAAUCACUGUCUUCAUGCGAAGUCGAUUCCCCAGCACUUAUCUCAAGGACCAGCACUCCACUAUGGUAGAGUACCACGUACCAACUGCUCCAGGAGGGGUGGCUGACAUCUUUGACCAGCUGGAGUCCAACAAGAAUGCUCUGCAGAUCAAACACUUCUCUGUGAGCCAGACCACACUGGAUGAGGUCUUCAUCAACUUCGCCCUGGGAAACAUCGCCAUGGAAUCCAUUUCACUGAACAGUGAAGACGGAUCUGAUGACCUGGACUCCAUUAAGGCAGUAAACAUUUAGAAACGACUGCCAUAUUUUCCUGCUUUUUGUCUGCGUCUACUGUGAAAUUAAAUACCAUUUGUUUAAAGUAAAUCUUCUCUUAAUAUAUGGUGAAAAAGAUAGUUAAUGUAUUAAAAAUACUGAUUAUUUCUUGAAAGUGUCAUGACUGAUCACAUACACGGUAACAUACAUGUUUAUACUUAGUCAAAUAAAAUGCUAAUGUUAACAAAAUUACAAAUUUACAUUUGCAUACAAGCGCAAAUAUAAAAUGUUGAUUAAUGAAGUUUCCUGUCUAAAUGGUUCGCACCUGUUUACCUUUAUUCUUUGGAUCUCAUUAUUUAUGAAGGAUAACAUUCUAUGUGUAGGCUAUUAUUUUAUCUUUGUGGUUUGGGCAUUGUUUAGCAAAUUAAAAAUUCUGUAUUUACUAUAUUGAAUCAUUUUCAUUUGAAUGUAAUUUUGGAAAAACUUAAUUUUACAUAAUCUUAAAGCAAUCACACAAUAAAUAUACAUAUUGUGUAAAAAUGUUGUAUGUUAUUUUAACACUUAUAUACAUGUUAUUGUGCCUACUGUCAAACGAACAUCCUGAAUGUGGACUUUUUUCAUGCCUAUGGACCACAUUUUCUUAAUGUACCCUGCCUAUUUUUACUAUUCUAAUAAAGCUAUUUUUAAAUGCA